AUGAGUCAUAGAGUUCAAUUGCUUCUGGGAGCAUACCAUAUGACAUUUCCUUUGAAAAGUGUUGACAAAACGAUUGAGAUGAAAUCUGUUCCAUACGUAUGUUAUGGUAAUUGUUUGUACGUUGAGUCAAAAAUAGCUAAUGUCACAGGUAUUUCAGGAGUUAAUAGUAAAGGUUCAGUAGAAUAUAAGUCUUUCUGUUAUGAAGUAAAUUCAAUGUUCAUUCCAAACGUUCCUGUCAUAGCAACUCAUUUAGGUAAAUGGGUUCGCAUUAGUCCUCAUAAUUUGAAAGACAUGCAAUUCAGACUUGUUGACUUUCAAGGAGAGCCUGUAGAACUGAAGGCACCAGUGCGAAUGACUGUUGAAGUUGACUUUUUAGAAAAUAUUAAAUGCAACAGCUUACAAGAGAACUCAGAGCUAAAAAUAUAA